UGCACCGUCACGGCGUCAUCAAGAGACAAAAUAACUGCUGUCAGAGCAUAUGUAUGUACGAGUUUACGACUAUCGACAAGUCGCGCACGUCCUGCUGAAGAUCACAACGGGACAGCACGUCAACACUUUUAUAAUAUUGUAAUUUGUAAUCAUAAAAAAAUUUUAUCGUAAAUAUUAAUUUUCCAUUAAUGUGUCACGACCAUAAUAUAAGUUUACCGCGGGUUAUACCUUUGCCGUGACGUGGAGUUUUGAUACUUUGAUAAGUUUAACUUAAAUAUAUAUAAUAUAUAAAAAAAAAAAAACACUAUUCUGAUCAAAUAUUCAAAUAUUUAGAAAAAUAAUAUUAAAAAUAGGUACCUAUAUAAUAUUAACUUUAGGGCUUGAAAACGUAGUGUACUCCAGGAGUGGUUAUCACACCAAUUAAAAACAUUGAAUUCAAAAAAAUAAUUAGGAUAUCUUCAAUUUUUGUUUUUUGACGUUGGGCCGGCCAUCUGCCUUACACAAAAAUAAACUUUAGGAGCACAAAUUUUGAUUCGAAAACAGGCAUUCUUGAAUUUAACAGUAUACAGGGGUGGUGAAGGGCUAUCACCACUUGGUAAUCCUUUGGAUCCGUGCUUGCAAUAAAUAUUAAUAUCAAACCUUGAGUUUUAAGACACCAUUAGUCGAUAUUGAAUAUCCAGCAAACUAAAAAUCUUCACGGAUAUGGAGGAACAUACUACUAGUACUAUCGAUUGAAGAUUCAAUUUCUUGGUGUCCUAUUGGCUAUUUGAAAACAUUAUUAAUAUCGAAUAUGAAUAAUUUACGACGAGUUACAAGCAUGAUUCAAAAUUAUUCAGUAUCAUGUCCAGAAAAACCAGACAAGCGGUAUUUAUUUCAAAUCAAAGUAUAUUGGCUGUCAAUAGUCACUUUACUUAGUGUAUUGGUUACCUUUGUAUUUUGUGUUUUAUGGACUAUACUUUUUAAAUUGGAUGACGCUACAUCAACACACUGUGGCUAUCGAGUUAAAAAUUACUUGCCAACAAUAUCAACUGCUGUGGGAAACUAUCCAGUACAGCGAUUUAUUUGGACUUUAGUUAUAAUCGCUCAUAGUCCAAUAAGAUUUAUUGUGGUUGGUAUAUAUUACCAGUACUACACUAAUAUAAUUAAACCAUCAUUACACUGGUGUGUGGUAUUAUUAAGAUUUUUAUCCACUAUUGAAGUAUGCUCAUUAGUUGUAUUAUCAAUAUUUACUUCGUCAGAUUAUUACAGUAUUCAUGAAAAAAGUUUUGUCACUUUUAUCUGUGCUUCUGAACUUAACAUGGUUAUUUCAUCUAUCUUAUUGAAAAAAGGACGUAUUACUAGAACACUUAUGACAAAAUUAGAAGUGCGGUCAUUAAAAUAUAAAAUAUUUUUUACUUUAUUCAAUAUGAUCAGUUUUGCAAUUGCUGGCUAUUGUUUUCUGCGACAUAAUGCUUAUUGUGAAUCUGGUGUAUAUACAUUUUUUGCUCUUUUUGAGUAUUUAGUUGUGUUGAGCAAUAUGACAUUCCAUCUUACAGCAGUUUGGGAUCUAGCAGGUGUAUCAUUAGUGGUAGAUGAUAAUUUAAACCUCACCUAUCGAUGACUGAAGUCUAAUUAAAUUUAGUAUUUAUAGUGCUAUGAGAUACAAAUAUCUUAUUUAUUGUUUGAUUAUAGGUCUACUAAAAUGUGAUAUUAAUACCAAAUCAAAUUAUAAAAACAUAAUUAAGAUAUGCUAAUUGUUUUAAUUUUUAUAUUAACAUAUAGGCUAUUGUAUAUUAGUUUGCAUACAAUAUUGGUAUCUGGUAUAGCACAAAACGUAUUUAAGAUUGUUAUUGUUUUAAAUAGUUGUUAAGUAUCACAGUUCUUAAUGUUUUAUUUUAUGAGUAUAUAUAUUUUUUUAACUGUUAAAUAAAUAUUUCUAGGCUAAUUAAUAAUUAUUGUUAUAUUUUAUAUUUACAAAAUUAUUGUUAGUAAAUGAAUCUCAUAUUUUUACACAACUUUUUUUUAUAAAAUAAAUAUAUUUUAAUGUUGUGUAUGCUAGUCGAAUUGUAAUUAAUUUUAUAAAAUAUAUUGGUAGUAAUAAAGUAGUAAAAUUACUACUAUGAACAAACAAAUUAGUUUUUUAUGAAAGUUAUUUGUACGAAUAGUAAUUAUUUGUUUAUGAUUCCUGUACGCUUUAUUUAUUCUAAAACUUUUUUUUAAUAUUUAAGCACAUACAUAAUAUAUUUUUGUUAUAUCGGAAUUAGAGUACAAUAUAUUGUUGAAUAAAUAUUGAACGUUUUAAUUUUUUUA